AAGAAUUUGAAUAUGUUAUAGAACAUCUUAUUCUAUUUCUAUGAAUACACUGUAAUCAUGUAGUUGGUAUUUUAUUUUGAAGCAGAAGACCGGAAGUUCUGUGUGACCUUUGCUAACUUCAGUGGUUCAGCCUGUGAAUUCACACAACUCGUUACUCUGAAGAGGAAUGCAGCACUCGUAGCUAACCACACUAGUGAAGCUGGCUGGUCCAGGCAGGAGAUGACGUCAGUAGGACUGGUAUGCAGGUCUGACAUCAGCCAGAAAGUCUAAAAACUAAAGCUGUGUUGACUCAGGCCAAAUAAGGAGGAAAGAAACCCAAUUACUCGGAGGUGAACUACUGUUGAAACAAGGCAUCAUCAUUCCAGUCAGCACACCAUGGCUGGCUUCAGACAAGAGGAUGUUGAGUUGUAUUAUGAGAUGGAAGAGGAGCUAGGCAGUGGACAGUUCGCCAUCGUCCGUAAGUGUAAGGAGAAGAGCACAGGCAUCGAAUACGCCGCCAAGUUCAUCAAGAAGCGGCGGUUGUCAUCCAGCCGGCGGGGGGUGAGCCGCGAGGAGAUCGAGCGUGAGGUCAACAUCCUGCGGGAGAUCCAACACAGCAACAUCAUCACCCUGCACGACAUCUUUGAGAACAAGACGGACGUGAUCCUGAUCCUGGAGCUGGUGUCUGGAGGAGAGCUCUUUGACUUCCUGGCCGAGAAGGAAUCUCUGACGGAGGAGGAGGCCACACAGUUCCUCAAGCAGAUCCUGGACGGAGUUCAGUAUCUCCACUCCAAACGCAUCGCUCACUUUGACCUCAAGCCUGAGAAUAUCAUGCUGCUGGACAAGAACGUCCCCAACCCCAGGAUCAAGUUGAUUGAUUUUGGGAUAGCUCAUCAGAUUAAAGCAGGAAACGAGUUCAAGAACAUUUUUGGAACACCAGAGUUUGUUGCUCCAGAAAUAGUCAACUAUGAGCCACUUGGACUGGAGGCAGACAUGUGGAGCAUCGGAGUGAUCACAUACAUCCUGCUGAGUGGAGCUUCACCGUUUCUGGGUGAGACCAAGCAGGAGACUCUGACAAACAUCUCAGCUGUCAACUACGACUUUGAUGAGGAGUAUUUCAGCAACACCAGUGAGCUCGCAAAAGACUUCAUACGACGUCUGCUGGUCAAAGAUCCCAAGAAGAGAAUGACUAUUGAUGACAGUCUUCAGCACCCCUGGAUUAAGGUGAUUAAGAGGCGAAAUGUCCGCCAGGAGGAGAGAGAUCACAAGACUGAGCGCCGACGCCUGAAGACGACUCGUCUGAAGGAGUACACCAUCAAGUCCCACUCCAGCAUGCCUCCCAACAACACUUACGUCAACUUCGAGCGCUUCUCCCAGGUCCUGGAAGAGAUCGCGGCAGCAGAGGAAGGCCUGAGGGACCUGGAGCGCAACCAGCGCUCGUGCCGGGAGGACGUGGCGGCGCUGCUGUCCAUCUACGAAGAGAAGGAGGGAUGGUACAAAGAGGAGAACCAGAGCAUCUCCAGCGACCUGAGCCACAUCCGCCAAGAGCUGCAGCGCACUCAGACGCAGCGCAAGAAGUGCCAGGACGAGGCCCGGCUCACCAUGCAGUCCGCCAACAUACUCAAGCGCAAAUUUGGGCGUCUGGAAAACCGCUACGAGGUCCUGGCCGAGCAGGUGGCCUCUGAGGUCCGCUGGGUGGAGGAGCUGGUCAAGUCGGUGUCUGCGGAGAAGACCGGCCUCGGCAACAUGCCCUAAGCCGGGCUGACAAAGACACUUUGAUUCUCAAGUAUUGUCCUGCCCGUCUUCUCUGCACGUGUCCAGCACGGCGCAGGGUGAGCGGGUCAGCUGUCGUCAUAAGCUGCUGCUUCUCCUGCCCAUCGGGAAAAAUGUUCCACCCUUUUAAUGUCACGCUUGAGAAACCAGCAAGAAGCAGAGAAGCAAUAAGUUGAACCCAUUCCCCUAUGAAAAGGCUCAUUCCUGUGUUUUUGUAAGUUAAUUUAUGAUUUUAGAGAUUUCACAUGCUGUUACUUGAUAAUUUGUUUGCGAUUUGAAACCAUAUUGGCUUUUUUCCUCCCCCAACUUUUCUUCGUUAUCUUUCUAGAAAUGUAAUUACAUCUGAAUGUCCUAGUGCUGUGAAAGCCGUAGAUGUCUGCUCAUUUGCUCUUGCCUCAGGUAGUUGGCCAGUUCAAAGAGAAACCUUCACAUCAUGCAGCUUAUAGUGUCAGGUGCUAUUUAUUUGGUUACAUUUCCAACUCGUUUGCAGCUCACAUUCAAAUUCUCUCAUAUGUCGGGAAAAUGGUGUCUACUAUGAAAGAUGCAAUAAAUGUAAACACUCAGCAUAGACAAUAAGAUUUAGGGUAAUGCUUUAUUUUACAGUUCUGUGAUUUCCUAAUUAUGUCUAAAUCAUUUCUUGAAAGUUUCCUGGAAAUAAGCACAUAGUUUGGUUCUAAUUAUAAGUAAAAUUCUGAAGCCGUUUUUCAGUUUCAGUUAGUUUUUGAUUUUCUUGAGGAUUUUCCAUGAUCAGCUUACCUGAUAUUGUCUAAUUAAAAGCCUUAAAGGGGAUGUUUCGUUUGUUAUUUUUAAAGUAGGGUUGUAUGAGGUACAUGUCCAUAGUCAGUGUGUUACUACAGUAGAUGGUGGUCAGCACGCCCCCAGUCUGGAAAAACGGGCAGGAGUACUGGCACAGAAGUUCAGCAAUGUACUGCUGUGGAUGGGGGCAGCAGGAAAAUGUUUUUUGGUCUCCUAAUAUAAGUUUAAGUGUAUGUUAUAUUUAGAAUAUUUUUUAUUGUUUUACGUUGUCGUCAGGCCGCAUUGUUUAGGUGUGCAAAGGGGGAACUGAAGCUUUUAUCGAUGCUCUGUUCAAACCAGACUUCAUUGACAAAAUAGUAAUUUUACUUCUCAGAACACAGAAGUUGCUGGUCUGCUGCUGUCUCGAUUGGUUAGUUUGUUUGUGUUAUUGUGUAACUUCGAUGUUUUAAAGGGUUAGUUCAAAUUCAUCAAAGUCACACAAAACAUACAAACUAACCGAUCGAGGCAGCAGUGGGCCAGCAACUCAUGCAUUCUGAGAAAUAAGAUCAUUAUUUUCUCAAUGGAGUCUGUUUGCUUUGAACAGAGCAUCAAUAAAAGCUUCAGUUCCCCCCUUGUACACUUAAACAAAGCUGUCUGACAGCAAGGUAAAGCAAUGGAAAUAUUCUAAGUAUAACAUACAUUUAAACU